ACACAGUCCGCCCUGCCCUGAGAGAGCUGCAGUGAUGGGGCGGUGAGGAUGCCAGUCAGUUGCUUUAAACUUUUAAUAUAACAUUCCUCAACUUUUUUUUUUUUCAUAUAAUAUAACAUUUUGUUUAACCUGUCUGGUGCCAUGUUGCGAGUCGUUGUACAAUCGGCUAAAAAUCUGCCUAAACAUAGAAUUGGAAGUCCGGACCCAAUAGCCUCUGUCACCUUUAAAGAUGAGAAAAAGAAAACAAAAUCAAUUGACAAUGAGGUGAAUCCUGUAUGGAAUGAGGUGCUUGAUUUUGACCUGAAGGGCACAGCGCUGGACUCCAACUCCUUCAUAGACGUGGUUGUGAAAGAUUAUGAGACGAUUGGGAAAAAUAAAUUCCUCGGGUCAACUAAGAUUUCAUUGAGAGACCUUGCCACUGGUCAAGUGAGGUCCUUACCAUCCAAAAAUGUCCCUUUGGUCAACGAGACAGGACAGAACAUCGGGGCUACUAUCGACCUCAUGGUGAGCUAUGAUCCUCCAGCCAAUGCUGCUCUAAACCCCAAUAACCCUCAAUCAGGAGACGCUGCAGUGGAUGCUGGUGGUGGAGGCGAUGAGGGGGACGAGAGUCAACCAGAUGGGGCCCAGAGCAGUGCUACAGGGGCCCCACUCUCCCCGGGACAGUCUGGCAACCUCCAGAAGAGGUUGGCAAGGGCCCACAGCCGCCACCGACUAGUGAAUAAGCCUCAGGACUUCCAGAUUCGUGUCCGGAUCAUUGAGGCCCGUCAGUUGCCUGGCAACAACAUUAAACCAGUGGUGAAGGUCAGUGUGUGUGAAGACACCCACAGGACGAGGAUAAAGAGAGGGAACAACCCUUUCUUUGAUGAGAUGUUCUACUUCAACGUCCACAUGCUGCCAUCAGAUCUGUUUGAUAAGAACAUCAGUUUCCGGAUUUAUAAUUCUUAUUCACUGAGGGCUGACAGUCUCGUGGGAGAAUUCAAGCUGGACAUUGGUUAUGUCUAUGACGAGCCAGCCCAUUGUGUUGUGAGGAAGUGGCUCCUAUUAAAUGACCCAGAUGACUCCAACUCUGGGGCUAAAGGAUACCUCAAAGUCAGCCUCUUCGUGGUGGGGACUGGAGACGAGCCUCCGGUGGAGAGAAGGGAGGCAAAUGAUGAUCAGGAUGACAUAGAGAGUAAUCUGCUGCUGCCGGCUGGUGUGACUCUGCGGUGGGCCACACUGUCACUGAAGGUGUUCAGAGCCGAGGAUGUUCCCCAGAUGGAUGAUGCAUUCAUCCAGACCAUGAAAGAAAUCUUUGGAGGAGAUGAAAACAAGAAGAACCUGGUCGACCCCUUUUUAGAAGCACGCUUUGCUGGCAGAAAGCUUUGCACUCAGGUUAUUGAGAAAAACGCAAAUCCAGAAUGGAACCAAGUGCUGAAUCUUCAAGUAAAGUUCCCCUCCAUGUGUGAGAGAGUCAAACUGACAGUCUUUGAUUGGGAUCGUUUGACAGGAAAUGAUGCCAUUGGCACAACAUACCUGAACCUGGCAAAGAUAGCCUCCUCUGGUGGAGAAAUUGAAGAGGAACAUGCAGGGAUUGGGGAAAUACCAUCAUUUGAAGCGAACACGGGUCAGUCUGAGGUGGGUUUCCUGCCUGUCUUUGGACCCUGCUAUGUCAACCUGUACGGCAGCCCUCGAGAGUUCAGCGGCCUGCCAGACCCCUACGAAGACCUCAACUAUGGCAAGGGGGAGGGAGUGGCGUACAGGGGCAGGAUCCUGGUGGAGCUGUCCACUAAACUAGAGGGCAAAGAAGACAAAUCAGUAGACAGUAUCCACAGUGAUGACAUCCUGGUGGUGCAGAAGUACCAGAGGAGGAGGAAGUACUGCCUGUGUGCCGUCUUCCACAGCGCCUCCAUGAUCCAGGAACCCGGAGAGCCGAUCCAGUUUGAGGUCAGCAUCGGUAACUAUGGCAACAAAUUGGACACCACCUGCAAACCCCUGGCCUCAACCACUCAGUAUAGCUGCGCUGUGUUUGAUGGUAAUCACUACUAUUACCUGCCCUGGGCGGACACAAAGCCUGUGGUUGUGGUUACCUCAUUCUGGGAGGAUAUCAGCCACCGCCUGGAGUCUGUCAACAUCAUCUUGUACAUCUAUCACCGCCUGAAAUCUAACCUUAAGGCCUUUAAAACUGGAGUCCUGGCAAAAAUGUCCGACAAUGAGCUGGUGGAGAUUUGGCUGAAGGUGCUCACUCAGCUGAUUGAAGACUUGGAAAGUUUCCCCAUGCCUGAGCUGGAGGGCCGCUCCAACCUCACAUCCCUGGACGUCCAAAUGAAGAAGCUGCGAGACAGCGGAUUGACAAACAUCAUGGAUGGAGCUCGACGCAUGAGGGAGGAGGCCAGAGAGAUCAGAGACACUCUGGCUGAUCUGGAGUCCUGGACUGAAAAACUGAAAAUGCUGGCUGAGGAGCCCCAAAACAGCAUGCCUGAUGUGAUCAUCUGGAUGUUACGGGGAGAGAAGAGGGUCGCCUACAGUCGUAUCCCCGCUCACCAAGUCCUCUUCUCCACAUACAGCGAGCAGGCCUGUGGUCAGCACUGUGGCCAGAUGCAGACCGUCUUUUUACAGUACCCCAUGGACAAGUCAAAGGGCCUGAAGGUGCCGGUUCAGAUCAGAGUCAACAUGUGGCUCGGUCUGUCUGCUCAUGAGAAGAAGUUCAACUCGUACUCUGAGGGAACCUUUAGUGUGUUCGCUGAAAUGUAUGAGAACCAGGCCCAGGUGUUUGGGAAGUGGGGCACCACAGGACUCGUGGGUCGCCACAAAUUCUCCGACGUCACAGGGAAACUGAAGCUGAAGCAAGAGUACUUCAUGCCCCCCAGAGGAUGGGAGUGGGAAGAAGAGUGGUUCAUUGACCCAGAGAAAGCGUUGUUAACAGAAGCUGAUGCUGGACACACUGAGUUCAUGGACGAGGCGUUCCAAAAUGAGACUCGCUUCCCCGGCAGAGAGUGGAAGGCCGCUUCUGAGCCCUUCACUGAUGUGAAUGGAGAGAAGAGCCGUAACCCCGGAGAGUUUGACUGUCCUCCGGGUUGGGUCUGGGAGGACGAGUGGACUGUGGAUGACAACAGAGCUGUGGAUGAUCAAGGCUGGGAGUAUGGAGUCACCAUACCUCCAGAUGACAAGCCUCGUUCCUGGGUCUCGGCUGAGAAGGUGUACCACGUCCACCGCAGGAGACGGCUGGUUCGACCUCGCAGGAGAGUCGCCGUGCCUGCAGGAGGACCUCAGGCGAGGCAGAUCCUAGGUGACCCUGACGGCUGGGAGUUCUCUUCUCUGAUUGGCUGGAAGUUCCACAGGAAGGAGCGAACAUCCGAUACGUUUCGUCGUAGGCGCUGGAGGAGAAAGAUGGCACCAGAGGACAGGCUUGGAGCAUCAGCCAUCUUCCAACUGGAGGGGGCGUUGCAGGGUGUUGAUACUGAAGACAAAGAGAAAGGCUCCAAAGCAGACGCCACCAAGCUGUUCGGUGCAAACACGCCCACUGUGUCCUGCUCCUUUGAAAAGUCCCAUGUCUACCAUCUCCGUGUCUAUGUCUAUCAGGCAAGAAACCUGUCAUCUAUGGACAAAGAUAGCUUUUCAGAUCCGUAUGCUCACGUCUCCUUCCUCCAUGUCAGUAAGACGACGGAGAAGCUCCAGUCCACGCUGAAUCCAACCUGGGACCAGACUCUGAUCUUCAGUGAUGUGGAGAUCUAUGGAGACCCCCAGAAUGUUGCUCUCCGCCCUCCUGAUGUCGUACUCGAGUUCUACGACCACGACCAAGUGGGGAAGGACGAGUUGCUGGGCCGCAGUGUUUGUGCACCAAUGGUGAAGCUGAAUCCAGGCAGUGACCAGACACCCAAACUGCUGUGGCACCCGAUCAUCCAGAAAGGUGUACAAGCGGGAGAGGCUUUAGUGGCUGCUGAACUCAUCCUCAAAGACAAGACCAACGAGUCAGAUCUUCCCCUGGUUCCCUCAAAGAGAGCCGAGAACCUCUACAUGGUUCCUCAGGGCAUCCGGCCUGUUGUGCAGCUCACUGGUGUGGAGAUCCUAGUAUGGGGCCUGAGGAACAUGAAGCCGUACCAGCUAGCCACAGUGUCGUCACCCAGCCUGGUGGUGGAGUGCGGGGGCCAGAGGGUGGAGUCAGCCGUCAUCAAGAACAUGAAGAAGAGCCCCAACUUCCCCAACUCUGUACUCUUCAUCAAAGUGCUCCUUCCAAAAGAUGAGAUGUACACACCUCCCAUCGUGCUGAAGGUGAUCGACCACCGUCCGUUUGGCAGGAAACCUGUGGUGGGUCAGUGCACGAUCACCACUCUGGAGGACUUCAGGUGUGACCCGUAUGUCAUCACUGCAGAGGGAGCCAUGUCAUCUAAAAUGGCUCUGAUGAUGGCGUCGCCUUCAAAACAUCUCUCCAUUAACAUGGAAGAAUCAAGACCACUGCUAGAUGCUCAGAUUGCAGAGAAGGAAAAGGAGACAGUUGAUUGGUGGAGUAAAUUCUAUGCAUCAAUGGGAGACCAGGAGAAAAGCGGCCCUUACCUCAAAAAAGGAUACGACACCCUGAAAGUGUAUGAAUGUGAGCUGGAGGAUGUCCCAGAAUUCAAAGGGCUGACUGAUUUCUGCAGCACCUUCAAACUGCAGCGAGGCAAGAAUGAAAACGGGGACGAAGACCCCACUAUGGUUGGAGAGUUUAAGGGUUCAUUCAAGGUAUACCCUCUGCCAGACGACCCAGGUGUGGCUCCUCCCCCCAGGCAGUUCAGAGAGCUGCCAGAUAGUGGACCUCAGGAGUGUCUGGUCAGGAUUUAUAUUAUCUGCGCCAGAGACCUGCAGCCGAAAGACAACAAUGGCGGAUGCGAUCCAUACAUAAAGAUUUCCCUGGGAAGGAACAGUAUAGAUGACAGAGACAGUUACCUACCCAACACCACCUGUCCUGUGUUUGGAAGGAUGUUUGAGAUGACGUGUUUCCUGCCCCAGGACAAAGACCUGAAAAUCUCCGUCUAUGACUAUGAUCUCCUGAGUCGCGACGAGAAGGUCGGCGAGACCGUGAUCGACCUGGAAAACCGCUUCCUUUCCAGAUACAACUCCUACUGCGGCCUGCCACAAUCAUACUGCAUCUCUGGUAUUAACCAGUGGCGGGACCAGCUGAAGCCGUCUGAGAUCCUGGAGAACUUGGCCCGUCUAAAGGGCCUGUCCAAACCCAGGACUGAAGACAACGGCACAUCACUCACCUUCAGCGGCACGGAGUACAGGCUGGCUCAGUUUGAGACCAACAUGGAAAUUCAUCAGCACUUGGGCCCGGCUCGGGAACGCCUCUGUCUGCAUGUGCUCAGAAAGCAAGGACUGGUCCCGGAACAUGUGGAGACCAGGACCCUCUACAGCACCUUCCAGCCCACUCUCUCUCAGGGAAGCCUUCAGAUGUGGGUGGACGUUUUCCCCAAAUCCAUCGGCCUCCCUGGAUCUCCGUUUGACAUCACACCACGUAAACCCAAGAAGUAUCUCCUGCGUGCUGUCAUCUGGAACACCACAGACGUGACUUUGGACGAGAAGAGCAUCACAGGAGAAAACAUGAGUGACAUCUAUGUCAAAGGCUGGAUGCCCGGCAUGGAGGAGGACAAGCAGAAGACAGACGUCCACUACAGGUCUCUGGACGGAGACGGAAACUUCAACUGGAGGUUCAUCUAUGACUUUGACUACCUGCCCGCUGAACAACUCUGCCUCAUUUCUAAGAAGGAGCGCUUUUGGAAUCUUGACAAAACAGAGUUCAGAACCCCCCCCAAGCUGAUUGUUCAGAUAUGGGACAACGACAAAUUCUCCCUGGAUGAUUACCUUGGCACACUGGAGCUGGAUUUGCGUAACCUGGUCGCUCCUGCAAAGACCCCCGAGAAGUGUUCUCUGGACAUGAUGGAUUAUCUGGAAAUUGGAGUUCCACAAAAGAUGGAAAACGCCAAGUCUCUGUUUGCUCAGCAGUCGGUCAGAGGAUGGUGGCCCUGUUCUAUUGAGCAGGAUGGAAAGAAGGUCCUGGGGGGCAAAGUGGAGAUGACACUGGAGAUUGUGAGUGAAGCAGAUGCAGAUGAGAGACCUGCAGGAAAAGGCCGUGAUGAUCCCAACAUGAAUCCUAAACUGGACUUUCCCAAACGCCCAGAAACGUCCUUCUUCUGGUUCACCAACCCAUGUAAGACCAUGAAGUUCAUCGUGUGGCGAAGGUUCAGAUGCGUCUUCAUCGGACUCAUCCUCCUCACCAUAGUGAUCCUCUUCCUCGCCAUCCUGUUGUACUCAUUACCGAACUACAUCUCAAUGAAGAUUGUGAAACCUCUCAAGUAACCCUACAAAGGAGGAGCAGAGGGGCUAUAAAGGACUGAGUGGCUGUGGCUCAGUUGGUAGAGUUGUCGCCUCUCAUCCAGAAGGUCAAGGGUUCAAUCCCCAGCUGGGCAACAUGUCCAAUGUGUCCUUGGACAAGACACUUAACCAUGAUGAUUAGUUACUUCUGAUGGAUGAUACUACAUAGUUAUCUCUACCAUCAGUGUGUGACAUGCAGAGUAAAAGCGCUUUAUAAGCUCAAGUACACUUAUCAUUUAAAACUUCUUCAUGAUCACAAGAACUACUGCCAAAAAAAAAGUCUCUAUUUGUUUUUACUGCCUUAAGUGUUUUUAAAAAAGUUAACCUAUUGGGGCGCUGGUGGCGCAGUGGUUAGUGCGCGCACUCCAUGUACGGAGGCUAUGGUCCUAGAAGCAGGCGGCCCGGGUCCAAAUGCGACCUGUGGCCCCUCUCCCGCAUGUCAUUCCCCACUCUGUCUCUCCCUGAUUUCCGGCUCCAUCCUCUGUCUCUCCAUUAAAGGCACAAAAAGCCCAAAAAUAAAUCUUAAAUUUUAUUUAAUAAAAAGUUAACCUAGAAGGGGCCGGGUGCUUGCACAUUUGCACUUCUUCAGCAUGCAACAGUCCUUACAUUUUAAUGUUUGUGUCUUUAUAUAUAUCAGGGUUAUCUUGUAUUUGACUGUACGUUAUUGUAAGCUUUUUCUGAUCUCAUGGCACACGCACUGUAAAUAAGGUGAUACACAACUACUUCUAAUCCAAAGAUGCACUUUGUAUUUCAUUGUAUUUUUUGGUCACAAAAUAAGUCAUGCCUUUUGGUGUGUUACAUUUUCACAGAUCUUUUUAAUUAAAUAUUAUAAAACCAUUCA